AUGUCCCAAGAUCGAAUAGAAGCGACCGAUGAUGCUGACACGAUUGCGUGGCUUACAAAUGAAAUGAUACCAGCUGCACUGACUAUUGAAGAGAUUGAAACAGAAACAACACGAGACGAUGAACUUCAAGCUGUUAAGGAAGCGAUAUUCUCUGGAGAUUGGGAAGCGGUCUCAACUGAGUUUAAGACGGCAACUAUAAAAGAUGACCUUACCACGUACGGUGAAAUUAUAUUACGGGGAGACCGUAUCGUGAUUCCGAAACAGUUACGAGGUAAAGUCGUACAACUCGCUCAUUCUGGUCACCAAGGAUGCACCGCUAUGAAGGCACAACUAAGAGCAAAAGUAUGGUUUCCGUUGAUGGAUAAAGCUGUAGAGACUACGGUACGUGGAUGUAAACCCUGUAAAAUGACAGCGAUCCCUGACAGUCCAAAUCCCAUACUACGUCGUAUUCCAUCAAAACCCUGGCAAGACGUGGCCGUUGAUUUCAAGGAAGGGUUAGUAGGCGGUCUGUCAUUGUUUGUGGUAGUAUGUUAUACGACGCGGUUUAUUCAGGUGGAACCUAUGAAACCGGCUACGGUUCAGCGGGUAGCAGCAUUACUGCGGAUGUUUAGUGUUCUGGCCAUUUAG